GCCCCGUUGCGCCCAUCUACGCCCCAGAGUUAAGGUACUAAGGGAGCGAGGACGAGGAUCAAGUACAUGAAAAUUUACCACAUGCUCAAUCAGCCAGACUUUAAUCUUUGAAUCAGCAUGGCCAUUCGCCAAAUUGACGUGCCGCGGUUUAAAAAGUAUAUUUGUAAGGGAGUUCCCAAGGAAUGGGAUACACCACAUGCGGGGGGAUUAACGGAAUCAACCUCUCUAUCAUAUAUUAAGGGCCCGGAGAUGACCUAUUCUCCAAGAAUUUUGUCGACGACGGGAGAUCUUACGAAGCAGCUGGAAACUCUUGGCGGCAAUGCUCCAUUAUCUGGUCCACUGGUCGAGUUCCUUAUACGGUGCUGUCAGCGGAUGAGCGAACCAAUGGUGAAUGGUUUUCAGCCGGGAUUUUUAUUGGGUGAUGGAACAGGGGUUGGAAAAACUCGCGAGAUUGCUGCAUUGUUCUGGGAGCUUUACGUUGGCAUGAAAGUCAAAAAGGCUGUUUGGCUCUCAACUUCGUCCGAGUUAUCCUACGGGGCAAUCCAGGAAUUGGACUUUAUAGCCAAGCUUAUCGGGACUCGCACCACGCUUUAUGUACGUGUAAAAGGAAAAAUCCUAGAGUUCCAGAUUGGCAAUUCAGAUGAUAAUCAUGACGAAAAUGAUGAUGAUACGGAAGAAGAAGAGGAGGAACAGGAGGAGGAGGAGGAGGAGGACAGUCAGGAUGGGGUCGAGUUUAAUGAUGCUGACGGGGGUAUACUAUUUGCAACCUAUUCCUCAAUGGCCAACCCCGACAUUGAUGACUUUCUGGUAGACAAUGAUUUUGAUGGACUUAUCAUACUCGACGAAUGUCAUUUGGCCAAAGGAUACGACACUGGGAGGACAACCAUGGUUAAUGGUCGUCGAAGGAAAGGGUCCGUAACGGGCAGAAACGUUGCCAACAUGCAAAUUCGCUACCCACGGGCAAAAAUUUUGUACGCAUCCGCAACCGUUGGGACAGAGCCUUGUCAUUAG